UUAUGGGUAAUAGGGUUGAAGGAGAUGAGGAAAGAAUGAUACAAGCUUUAUAGAGAUGAGGAUGAAAACAUUUCCUCACAGUCACAUUGAUCGAAGGCUCUCCUCCGUAGCAUGUUAACCAUUAGCGGGUGUUGAAAUCUACUUGUUCGAAGGUCGGAGUUUGGAUAUUGCAGUAAGGUCCAAGUUUGGAUAUGGCAGUUGAUGUUCAGGAGAAGACAUAGGGUGAUUUGAGGAAAUCAAUCUUUGUAGUUCCGAAAUAUAUGGGCGAAAUAGAUAUUUGCCACAUAUAUUUUUCUUUGGAUUAAACUGGACACAGUAUUUGGAUAACCGUUAAGGAUCUGUGGCGGAUUUCGUAGUUAGAGAAGUGUUGAGACAGGAUCUUACAGGAGUGCAUUACAUAGUAGUGGCAACAUCACACCCUUGAGCUUCUCUCAGGCAAUUGGAACCUGUCUAAUACAAUGUCUUCAUGGAAGCGAUCUAGCAGUGGCUCUGGUCAAGGGUCAAGGUCAAGUGGCUCUGGACAAGGGUCAAGGUCAAGUGGCUCAGGUCAGGGGUCAUGGCAGUCUGCCCUGAGCAGUACAUUACGGAGAAUGAGUGGUGGACAUAAGGGUAGCAAGGUAGCCAAACUGAAGGAUAUGGAGAAGCCAGUAAUCUCACCGCCCUCUAACUUCGAACACACAGUCCAUGUUGGCUUUGAUUCCCACACUGGAGAGUUCACAGGGAUGCCGGAGUCAUGGGCAAAACUGCUGUCAAAUUCAAAUAUUUCAAUCACAGAGCAGAAGAAAAAUCCACAAGCUGUGUUAGAUGUCCUCAAUUAUUACGAAACCUCAACAAAGACGGAGGAGUCACGUCACAAGUACAUGACCAAUGUCAAACCACCCAGUGCAGACUCUAUGCAUAAUGCCCUCUCAGAGAAACUCAACAUAGUCGUGUCUCUGCAGCCUCCUUCCAAACCUGAAAACUCCUCGCCUCCCACACCUGACGACGUGGACGAGGAGGAUAACGAGGCUCCUCCACCACCGAUCGCCACACGACCAGACAAAACCAAAUCUAUAUACACAAAACCUAUUGAAGUGGAUGAAAAACCCAAUGGUGCAAUAUCUACAAAGAAUGAAAAGCCAAAGAAAAAGAAAAUGUCGGACGAAGAGAUAUUAGAAAAAUUACGAACAAUAGUCACUAUAGGAGACCCUAAUAGGAAGUACACAAAGAUGGAAAAAAUAGGUCAAGGAGCUUCAGGAACAGUGUAUAUAGCAGUGGAGGUGGCCACAGGUCGGGAAAUUGCCAUCAAAACCAUGAAUCUGUCACAACAACCCAAGAAAGAACUAAUUAUCAAUGAAAUUCUAGUCAUGAGGGAAAAUCAGAACCCGAAUAUUGUAAAUUAUCUGGACAGCUACCUAGUAGGGGAGGAGCUAUGGGUUGUAAUGGAGUAUUUAGCUGGUGGGUCACUGACUGAUGUUGUCACGGAAACCUGUAUGGACGAGGGACAGAUCGCUGCUGUUGCAAGAGAGUGUCUACAAGCCUUGGAGUUCCUGCACGAGAACCAUGUGAUCCACAGAGAUAUCAAAAGUGAUAAUAUUCUUCUAGGCAUGGACGGAAGUGUAAAAUUAACUGAUUUUGGGUUCUGUGCACAGUUGUCAGCAGAACAAAGCAACAGGAUAACAAUGGUGGGCACACCGUACUGGAUGGCUCCAGAAGUCGUCACUAGAAAACAGUACGGUCCAAAGGUUGAUAUAUGGAGUUUGGGGAUCAUGGCGAUAGAAAUGAUAGAAGGGGAGCCGCCUUACCUGAACGAGAAUCCUCUAAGGGCCCUCUAUCUGAUUGCCACUAAUGGCAAGCCUGACAUCAAGGAGAAGAACAAACUGUCACCUGUCUUCCAAGACUUCCUGGACAAGUGUCUGGAGGUUGAUGUGGACAAGAGAUGCUCAGCCUCCGAGCUGCUCAAGCAUCCGUUCCUGCGUCUUGCGAAACCACUGGCUAACCUGCAGCCAUUGAUUUUGGCCGCCAAGGAAGCUCAGAAAGGACAUUAGGUCAAUAUAGUUGCUGACCAAUGGUUUCUGACAGCAAUUCUGUGAUGACAUAGAUUUCUCCAUGGAGAUAAAGAACAAUGUUUGACCACCUAGCUAGCUUCAUUAUUUGGUCACCAUGUUGGCAUAUGGCGUGCAAAAUGCCAGUCUUCCGAAAUUAGUUUUAGAACUCAUCAGUUAUGUGUGUACGUGCCCAGAAUCAGCAUCUUAGUUGUCUAUUGACAAUACCUACAUGCAACUAUGCUGGUUGUAUGGGAACAGCAAUCAAUGUGUUCCAUUGUACAUUUUGUACAUUCUACAUAAUAAUUCAUGGAAGAUUGUGCAACAUGGAGCUGAUCAAUUCAAAGGACAAUGAACUUUGUGCACUUUUCAACAUGGAGAUGAUCAAUUCAUAGGACUAUGAACCUGUGGAAAACCCAGUUCAUGCAUUUGUGAAUCGACAUGGAUAUGGUUCAUUCAUGAUUUGUAAGAUCCAUAAAGGGGUAAAUGAUACUUUUGAACUGCCAAUUGUCAUGGAAGGGAAUUGUGAGCCCUUAUUAAAAGUACCAAUUCAUUGAACUGUGAACACAAGAAGGAAUGCUCUUCACAGAAAUGUGAAUCCACAGAAUGGACUGCUUCAUUGAACUGUGUGAUGACAGGAAGGAAUGCACUUCACAGAAAUGUGAAUCCACAGAAUGGUCUGCUUCAUUGAACUGUGAACACAGGAAGGAAUGCGCUUCGCAGAAAUGUGAAUCCACAGAAUGGUCUGCUUCACUGAACUUUGGACUCUCAGGAAGAACUUCUUCAUUGGAUUACAAAUGUACGGGAAUUAGAAGACUGCCUCAUUGUUAUGUGAACCAAUACAAAAAGGACUGCUUCUUUCAACUAAAAUCUCGCACAAAUUGACCAUUAGGUUGAUAUUUAAAUCUAUAUAAAAAUAAUUAUAUAAGCACCUGGUUGAACUGUCAUUCCCUGCAGAAGGUGAUAAUUCCUUAACCCGGAUAAAAAUGUCUGGUUCAUGAAAGUGUAAAACUGCUUUGAAAGAAAGCUCCUGCCACUUCACUGGUUCAUGUUCACAUUUUAAUUCUCUAAUUAUUUGUGUGGGAAAGUCUUCGGAAUAGUCCCUAGAUAUCAGAAGCUGGGUGUGAUUGGUAAUUUCUAUUGUAAUAAGUGAUAAAUAGUGCUUGGACGAUCAAAUGGUAUCAGAAAAGAUAUGAAUAAUAUGGACUUUUCCAAGUCCUUAGUAAUUUGUUUAAUUAAUCAAUAACAAUAUCAUUCAAAAUGUUUAUUUUAUCUUAAUAAGCUUCAUCUCUACACUGUGAAUUUGCUUGCUUAAAUUUUAGUGUAUUAUCAGAUUUUAACUGAUUAGAACAAUGAUGAAUUCAGCACAGAUACAAUAUUUGCCAUACAAAUAAUUUGCUGUUGAUGUAAUUGGUGUAAUCACCAAUUAGUACAGUGCUAUAAGCAUGAAAAGCACGAAAAUAAGAUCAGUAUGAACAUUUUUACAGUAUCAAGCUCAGGGCGUGAUAAUGGCAGCCGGUUUGUCGUCACCCUGAAGCCUCGGAAUGUGAGAAGUUCAUAUACAGACUCAAUGUGUAGACUAUCGGUACAGAGGAUUGUUGAAUCUGCUGUUCCAUCAGUUCAGUUAAAUAAACAGGUGUUUAGUACCAAAGAAAUAUUUCUUAAGAAAUUACCGCUUGGGAUUACCAGAUAAACACAAUAGUUCAUAUAAAUAUCACAAUGAUCUGCAAUAGAGUAGUUACCAUGGUGAUCAUUUUUUAAAUAACUACAUCCUUUUGUGCUGGUCAUUAAUAAUUAACUACAUUCAUCUAAUUUCAUUUUUGCAUGUCCUAUGUUUUUAGAUGCUCAUCAAGUUAUAGCAAGAUAGGUAUAUUUCUGUAGGAUAAUAACAGCUGACAUACAUAAAAUAACACUGCACUGCUUACUGCCUUUCAAUUGAGCUAUGAUUUUCAAGACGCUCACUAGAGUUUUGUAUUUGUGCAAUGUAUCCUACCUUAUUGAAUUGAAAAUAUUAACAAAAAAUUUAAUAAAUUUGAAAUGAGGAAACUAAAAAAAUUCCAGAAUUUUGUGGUGAAAUCACUUUUUUAUUGAAUUGUUUAUACAAUCUGUUGAACUGGAUAGUUGACAUAGCUUUUGAUUUAUUUCUAAGAAAUGUUACAUUGUUGAAGCCCUGUAACUUAUUUCUAAGAAAUGUUACAUUACAUGUAUUGGAAUCUUUUAGCGUAUUUCUAAGAAAUGUUAUUGGAGACCUGUAAAUUCUAAGAAAAGUUACCACAGGCAUGUAAAGUAUUGGAGCUCAUGAUCAGCUGCUAGCUCUAGAUCUAAUGCAAUGAAAAGCUAGCUGUGAAGAAGUGUGUUAUUAUUCAGCAGUUUAAAAAAAGCAAAACAUUCAAGGGAAAUGUAACUAUAUUCAUUGUGUGUUAAUGAUGAUAUAAUGCUGUAGGUAGUUUGAGCAAAAUUGUCUGCUGAGCAGAUUGUAUGUUUUUAUUUUAUAAUCAUUCAUUUAAAUUUGUAUGCAAUGUAUCAACAGAUUUGAUUCAGUUCUCAACAUAGCAAUGCAUAAUAUAUUUAACAUAUGAAGUAUGUAUGAUUAGGUAUGAAUUUUAGUUAAUUGAUGUACACAAAAAAAAUGCAUAAAGACGUCCUUAAUAUGCAAUUGAAACUACUUGUUACCAUAGACUCCAGUGUAAUGUCUGGACAUGCAUUGUCCACCAGGUAAAACCUAGACACACUAUUUUGAUUCGUUGGUACACAAAAGACACACAAGGAAUGACAAGUGUUGCAAUUGUUUUAUUAGUGACAAUUAGAAUUUUAACCCACCUCUUUGAAGUUACUGGAGAUCUAGAGUGUAAUGGGGGACAACUUUUCAAUAUCUCCCUAAAUUCACAAAUAGAAUUGCAAUGUUAUAAAAUUGUCCCUUCAAUUUACACUUGUUUUUAGCUUAUUUAGUUGGGGUUUUUUUGUGUUUUUUUGGGGGGGGAAUACUAAAUUUUCAAAAAAUUAUCUUACAAGUCAUCAAUUAUAAAUUAGAAUUGCAGUUUAUUCUAUUUUGUCUGUGAAAAAGUCAAACUGAAUUUGAAAUAUUUGUAUGAAAAAAGGCACAGGAAUUAUAGCGGAACGAUAUUAAGUUCACAUGUGUUAGGAUUUUACACACAAUUGUCUUGUUAAGCAUGAUCAGGUGUUCAAAUUACAAAAGUAAAAUAAUGUGAGUUAAUUUGACAUCCUAUUUUUGUGCCUUUGUUUUGCUAAGAUUUUAUAUCGUAGUCCAAUUUUACAACAUUUACAAGUUUGCUCAAUGUUGGAUUUGUCAUUGAUAGCUCCUUUGCUAUUUUGCUUGUGAAUAAUUUCUUUUUGUCAAAUCGGUUAAUGACACGAUGGUUUAAUCAAAAUAAUGAACAAUCCAUGCAGUAUCCCUGUAUAUGCAUACACAGGCGAUCCUCUGGUAUCUAUAACCUAUUUCUGAAAAGGCACACAAAGUUUCUUUGUGGCUCAUUAUCAGUCAACAGCACAUCAAAUUAAUUAAACCUUGAAUAUAGAUCCAAGGUCUGUGGUUCGAUCCAAAUCCUAUAAGCAGAAGUGUUUCUCAGAAAGUUGAGAUCUUUGACCAACCUGUGAUAUCAUGGUGGUUGUCUUCAGGGACAACGAAUGAUUAGGAAAACAUGGGACAGGUGUUUACUUGUGAAUAUUCAGGAGAAAGUAAAUAUAAUCAUCUACUACCAGGAGAGCUGUACCUUGGAUGUUACUUUGUACAAGCUAGUGUUUUCGAAUGAAACGGCCAUUAGAUGAACCUUGAGUUAAAAGAUAUGUUUAAUUAACAUAAUUAUUUUCUUCGUUUAGUAACUGUUCUACAAGGUAUAUAACACAUGAAAUAAAAUCCAAAUGCUAUGUACAUGUACAUGUAUUUACAACAGUAUAAUUAAAGAAAAUUUAAUUGAUUACAGUUUUUCACAUUGCUAUUAGAUUUAAUUAACAAUUAAGGGCGAUUGGUUGUGAUUAUGUUCACAACUAUCAUUACAGUAGAAUAAAUACCAUGCUAGUGGAAAAUUGAAAAUCCCACCAAUCUUGAUUUAUUGCAGUUCUUUAUCAUUGUUCUGCAAUUACAAUUAUCAACCCACCCCCUACUUUGUAUUUGUUUUUCAUGUUCUGGCCUCCUGGCCUAAUUGCAAUAUAAAUAUGGUAUGUACUUUGUUCAUGUUUUGGUCCAACUGGCUAAUUAAUUUGCAUAAAUAAAAUGAAUUAAUAUGGUAUGGUUUAACUAUCAGCAAAUAAUUAUGAAUUGAUAGUGCUAUGCUUUUGUUCCUAAAGCAUUUACUUUUAUCUGGUCAAGGUCACAGUGCUGGUAGCUGAUUUCAACAUUUACUUUGUCCAAGGUCACAGUGCUGGGAGCUGAUUCCAACAUUUACUUUGUCCCGAGGUGAUAGUGCUGGUAGCUGAUUCCAACAUUUACUUUGUCCCGAGGUCAUAGUGCUUGUAGCUGAUUCCAACAUUUACUUUGUCCCGAGGUCACAGUGCUGGUAGCCGAUUCCAACAUUUACUUUGUCCCGAGGUCAUAGUGAUGGUAGCUGAUUCCAACAUUUACUUUGUCCCGAGGUCAUAGAGCUGGUAGCUGAUUCCAACAUUUACUUUGUCCCGAGGUCAUAGAGCUGGCAGCCGAUUCCAACAUUUACUUUGUCCCGAGGUCAUAGUGAUGGUAGGUGAUUCAAACAUUUACUUUGUCCCAAGGUCACAGUGCUGGUAGCUGAUUCCAGCAUUUACUUUGUCCCGAGGUCACAGUGCUGGUAGCUGAUUCAAACAUUUACUUUGUCCCGAGGUCACAGUGCUGGUAGCUGAUUCCAGCAUUUACUUUGUGCCGAGGUCAUAGUGCUGGUUGUUAUAAUAUUUUUUGUUGAUUCAAUGUGGCAUGCUUAAUCUGUUCUUACGAGCUCAAGGUCAGUCAUUUGAUGAUGUCCACUAGCUAUAUAGGUUUUCGCUUUGCUGGAACUGUCAAAAUUAAAGGCGGAUGGUUACCCAAUACACACCCAAUCCUCAGGUGUUUCAGUAUUUUUUGUGUGUCAGAAUCAUUAAUCAAUUUAUAUGUUAUUUACAGUUUAAAACAAUAUAAAAUUAUUGACAUAUGAUUCAACAUCAUUAAAAUCGAGUAUGUGCCAUACCAAAAUCAGGCAUGGAUUUAAAAAAUCAAAUUUACACCCGAAUACGUUUUAGCUGAAAAGGUCCACAUAUGUAUCAUUCUUGAAAUAGCGAAUAUUGAUAAAUAAAUAUUGCUUGGCCUGACUGAGUAAGAACAGGCAAAUGAUGCUGUCAUAAUACUGAACAUCCUUAUUCCUUGUGUAGUUACGUACAUUGUACAUACAUACAAAGUGAGUUAUUAAAUAUAUAUAUAUAUUAUACAUAUAUAUGCUGGCCGACCAAGUUUUCUGUUGUCUUCCCUGCCUUCAUUGCUAUAUGUUGUAGAUGGUUUUAUUGGUGAAGUUUUGGUGCUAAACAAUGAUUUUAUAAUGAGCUCCUAUAGAUAUCCUAUUGUUAAUGUGGCAUGUCAUUCAUGUCUCCACCUUUAGACAGAAAGUUCCAGUUCAUUUGGGUUAAUUUUAACAUGACCUUCACGUCUCCAAAUUUGGAUAAUAGCCUCAAGUUAUUUCAGUAAAUUUGAUAAUCUCUAUUGCAAAAUUUUGAUCUCAAACUGGAUAUGUUUGAAAAUAAAUUUCAAUUAAUUUUGACAUGACUGUGAUGGCUCCCGAUUUUGAUAAUAGCCUCUAGCUUUUUCAGUAAAUUUGAUAAUCUCUAUUGCAAAAUUUUGAUCUCAAACUGGAUAUGUUUGAAAAUAAUUAUUUCUAAUAUUUCUGUUCAUAAGUUGUGUUUUGUGCUUGAGAUUUUACUGAAAUAUUUCGGCCACAAAACAAUUGAAUUUGGGAAUUUUGCCCAAAUCUAGUUUUUGAAAGCCUUUCAAAAUCAAAAUAUUUCUAAUUUUUCUGUUUGAACAGGAUUUGAAUGGGUUAAUCGUGUACCUUCUGGGAUGUUAUAUUUCACCAGUUAUAAUAAUCCACUGCAAAAAAAAAAAAUCAAUUUUAUUUCUAGCUGACAAGCAUUGCUGAUCUUUUGUAGGCUAUCUGGUAAUCAUGGAGGUGCUAAUAUGAUUGGUAUGUGUUAAUUAUAACACAUUGAGUUAAAUAUUUUCUCAGUGAUGAUAUGGGUAAUAUACAAUGGCUUAUUUAAAAAUACUGUUAUAUACGAGAUAUUUUUCUCCUUAGUUUUCACUUCAGAUAUAUUAAUAACAUGAUUCACUCAAUCAGAACGACUAUUGAUUGCUUGCAAUUGUAUUUGCAUACAUCUUUUAACUUUCAAUGAAUUGGAUAUUUGUUUGGUGCAUUUCAAAAAUUGAAAAAUUAUAUGUUUUUUAUCAAGCCUCUGGGUUGGGGGGGGGGGGGGGGUCUACUUUCUAUUUGAUGAUAAUGCUUCAGAAGAAAGACAAUCAUGUUUUAAUUAAUCAAGAGUUUCCUUCAGUUUUGGGUUCAUUACUUAUAACAUUAAGACAUGAUAUAUUUACAAACGUCCAUUCGGAUAUGCUGCCUUGCAGGAUCCUACCAUCUCGGUGAGCUUCAUGUACGUCCUCCAUGCUAUAUGUGCUUUCUAGCAGUUACGUCCCAGCUUCUAUUUGCCGAUCAAGUUUUCCCAAAUUUGUGUAGCAAUAUAUCGUCAAUAUGUAUUGAGAAACUCGCCAUCCAUCAAAUGUAGUGUGUUAUACACAUCUAAUUAUAAAACCCCAAUCAUUCUUAUCCAUUUGUCAUAUUGUUCAUGAAUUGCAUUGUGAUGCGAGGCUAGCUUAUUCAUAUGAGAAAUGUUUCAUGAUUUUGACCCAUUUUCAUUAGUAACAAUCUUAACAUGAAUUUGUCCAUUUAUAUUAUGCAUCGUAAUUCAAUUUUUGUUUAUGUGUAUGAACAUUGUUUAAUGGAGAGUAUGCCAUCAGUCAUCUUUGCUUCAUUUGUACUAGUCAUUUUGUAGCCAAAUAUUGGAUUCUAGUGUUAACAUACCUUAGACAUAGCUGUACCAUUGUAGCUUAUGUUUUUAUAAAGUCGAUGUACUUAUAAACGACAUAUGGUUCAUAGGUUAUAUGGACGAUUAAAGGAAUAAAAACAAGUGAAAUUCU